AUGCCAAGAGUAAGUUGUACCCCCAGCCGCAGUUCUCGCCACGUGCGCUCCCCUUCUUGUUCCCCACCCGCCGCUAGCCAGUCACCCGCCCCCAUCCGCGCCAAAAGAACUGGCAUGAAAGUACUUCACCCGUUCUCCAACGGGUGCCGGAUGUCCCGGUGCCAUUCGCAAUGUGCUACCAGGCCCCCGACGCAACACCACAUAGCAAGACCGUCCAGAAAACCACCGAAUCGUCCCUCUGAUGACCCCAGACCAGAACCGCCCGUGGCCUCACCCUAUGCCGCCCAGCAUCUCUCCCGCACUAAAUGCUCCUCAGACACCGGAUCAGAAGUGACUACCCCCCCAGCGGACGCUCCCAGGACAGUGCCGAAUGGCUGCAAAAUGCUACAAUGCGAUGCCCGCGUCCGAAAUGCUGGCGUGACCCCCGCCAGGGCCGGCUGUCGACAGAACGGUGUCCCUACCACCACUUAA